AUGUCUGCAUUCGACCCAUCCGACCCAUCCGACCCCUUCGACCACAGUCAGCCAUGGCACAACGUCCCCUCAACCCAACCCGUCUGGCCAACCCUCGAUCAGCAAGACCUCAAUCUCUCAACCCCCGUUCUCACACCCACCCCCGUGGCCGUUCAGCCUGCUACUCAUACCACUGCUACUUCUUCGUCAGGUUCAGUUCAUGCUCCAGUUCAGGCUCAAGCCCACACUUCAACAACCCACAGCAUAACCGAGGCAGUGACAUCCUUAUUCCACCGCCACCCACAAGAAACUCCCGCGCCCGCACACGCACCCGAAGUGGCAGGAGGAUCAUCGUCAACACCAGCAGAACCAACAGCACAUAAAUCCAAGGCGGCAGCGUCAAAGAAGGGCAUCCUGGGAAACGAAGAAGAGCCUCCAUCAUACGAGUCGUCGGUUAUCAGGAACGCUACGACCACCCCACAUCAAAUCCAUGACAACUAUGACCACCUUCGUGGACCCCCCGGCCAACGCGGUGUUGAUAUAAAGACCAGGAUACCCCUGGAUUCGACCCCUGCUGAGCAUUUCCAAUCAGGGAGUGGCAGUGGUAGCAACAAUGGUGCUGGUGGUAGUGGAUCUCAGCCUCCUCGGCAGUAUGGCGCGACGAGUCAAUCAGGCGGCGCCUCUGCACCACCCGCCAGCUCGUCUUCGUCUGAGGCAACUCGGCCUCUUCUGGGACAGACCUCGCACGGACGGGACGAUGAUGACGCAAAGCAUUCCCGGGACGUCGAUCGUCUCCUCGGUCCAAACUCCUCUACCCAUGGCAACGGCGCUCGUCCCGACGACGAGGAAGACGAGGAACCAAAGACACACUGGUCGAUCGUCGGCGACGGUAAGGCCUGGACAGCAUUCUUCUACAUCCUCUUCAUCGUCGUCCCUCUCUCGCUCUUCUUCUUUGUCUGGUCCAUGGCGACGCUCAUCAUCUCGGCCGUCAGUAUGAUCUUCCCGCCCGUUGGAUACUUUGUCGUUAUUGCGACCGUCACCUCUUGGAGAGCGCUUGGAAGAUUGGACCUGGUCCUCGCCCGUGCCAUGGUCCCCAAGGACGUCCGUGAUCGACACCCCUACCAGACAUUCGACAUCUUUGUCACCCCCGGAUCUGAAGAAUGUGAGCACCACGGCAUCCACGCCUCCGCCUCUUCUUCCUCCCAUACCACCGAUCCUACUCCUGCUGCAGCUCCCGGCGGAGCUCCUCCAACCUCCUCCUCAUCAUCAGAAACCUACACGACCGCCGAGGGCGAGGUCCGCCAGCGCCGCCGGAAACCGCGCAAUGUGUUUGACAAGUCUGCGACCCAUCUCGGCGCCUCCUUCAGCAACAAGCACACCCUCAAGACCCUGUCUUACCUCCUGAUCUGGAAACUCGUCCUGGCUGUACCCAUUUUCUGUGUCGUCGUCGUCUUUGCCUGCUUGACGAUACCGUUGAUAUUCUGUCUCUUGCCUUCGUUGUUGAUCAUCUGCCGGGCUUUUGUUCACUGGCAGUUCCGAUGGGCUAUUAUGUGGCUUGCCGAGCGUCACAAGCCCAUUGCCUUGCCCUGA